CCAAAAUGGAAUGCGUUAUAUUAAACAAUAAACUAAAAGGUAUCAAACAUCCCCAUCGUAAUGUUUUCCAGUCAAAAGAACUUUAAAACAGGAAUUUACCGUAUUACCGGUUCCGUUAUCAAUUGGAAUUUCAGGAUUAAUCUGAAGAAAAUCUACUCAUUGAUUGAAAUACCGAGAUUCGAUCAACCAAACGAGACCGAUGCCUGCGAAACACCAAAUUGCGAAGUGGAGCAGUUGGAUAUUUCUUGGCAAGAAAAAGUAUUCAGCCGAUAUGAGAUAGAUUACUUCUCUGUACGGGAGAACUGUUCAUCGGAGUUACAAAAGAGCUAUCACAAUAUGAUCAAAUCCAGUGGGCUGGCAGAAAAUCGAACGAAAGAAAAAAUUUUCACGUACACCUCUGCUGACAAUUAUAUUCCAGACGAGGAACUAUAUGUGACUUCAAAGAUUGAUAAACGCCAUUACGAAGCCGAUGAAAUGGAAUUCGAACAAAUGUACGUUAUGGCUGACUUAGGAAGCGAAAUUUGCUUAUUUUCCAUACAAUGGAAUGAAAAGGAACAUACACUUCUUGUGUAUCCGGAUUUCAAUUGUAUGGAGAUCAAUCCAUACUACAAAGAAAUUCAAGGUGAUAGUCGACAAAUGUAUCACUUUGGACUUCAAAAUUUAACGAAACGAAAUAACACUCAUUCGGGGUCAAAAGAAACUAUACACAUUAAGGAUGCUUUGAUUGAUAAGUUGACAAAACUUUCAUUGAGGGAACAACAAUUGAAAGACCAGUUUUGUCUUCCGGAUAACCAUCAGCUUCAGUUUCUGAUAUUACUGGAGCUUGCAUAUGGGAAGGAAUUUUCUUACGACAAUAGCCACAUUCGAUACACCUUCUCCCUACCAAUAGAAGCGAAGGUCGUGAGCGGAUCUCUUGAUGGCUGUACGCAUGCAAGCAAUGCCAGUAACGGUGUUUGGCACUAUGGUCACUGUCACGAACUCAUGAUAAAACUGCCGGAACGACAUGACAUUGAUGAUGCUCUAAGAAUAGUAUUUGAAGUAAUAUCCAUAGACAGCUGGAAACGAGAACGUCUGCUUGGGAACGCUGCUGUUACUAUACCUCUUCAACCUCAAUGCUUCGAAACAUCAUUGGAUUGUCUCAAUAUAGCCAACAACAAUGCCGCCUAUGAUAAGCUAGAAGCUUUUCUAGUGGGAGGAAGACGAGAAAUCAACAUUAAAGAGUUCUUCGGACUAAACGAUUCCUUACUGCUGAAUCGCUACGGCAGUAAAAGCCAAUACGCCGGAAAGUUAGCAAUCAAGUGCCAGAUACUUCAACAACAUCGGCCACAAAUCGUUCAACUGUCCAGUUCGCAAACUAGAAAAUCCAGCAAAUUCCGUGCAAAUGUUGUGACCAUCGAGGAACUUCUUUCGUCCUACCAGCGAGCCCGCGAACGAUUGGAGGAAGUUGUGAAUUUGAAAUACUGAGCCGAUUUUUUGUAAGAUAAAUGCACUGGUGUGUAGUAGAAUAGAGUUUGAGUUCAUAAGGGUUUCAAGACCUUUAUAUCCAUGUAAUUGUGAGGUCCUCGAAUUUAAUAAAUCAACGUUAUCGAAACUUAUCCAUCUUUCCCAUGUUGACUCUUUGAAAGUAUAAGUGAAAUCAAUUGUUUGUCCUCAAUAACUGCUAUCUGCAAAUUUUCAUCCCAAUCCGAAGUAUAAAAACGUCAAUAACACUAAGAUAUUGAAAAGUUAAUAUGGACGACCCCUUUUGCCGGCCCAUUACACUGAAUUUGAUACCUCAAAACGAUUGCGCGUCACUCAAAACUAUCGUGUACCAACUUUCAUCUGAAUACGAUGUAUAACAACGUCAAUAUCGCAAGACGACCCCUUUGGCUGACCUCUUACACAAAGUUUGACACCUGACAUCAAUUGCUUGUCUUUAAAAACACUCAUGUGCAAAUUUUCAACACAAUCCGACGAAAAGUAACGUCAAUAUCGCGAAAACAAUAUUUGUCUUGUAUGGACGACCCCCUUCAGAAGUGGUUAUCCGAAAAUCUGGAAACAUUAUUCAUCCUUCCUGGUUCUAAUGAGUAUCCAUGCCAAAUUUCAGCUCUCUAGCUCUUAAGACGGCCGAGUCUAUAGAGGACAAACAAACAAACAUACAGAAAUUGCUUUUUAUAUAUGUAUAUAUGUAUGUAUGGUUCCCCCAUCGGUAGCAAGGACCUGCCUAUGUCUGUGUGGUUGGCUCGAAGGCUUCCACGGCCGAUGGUUCGUCGAAGGAAGGCAUCCAACCCUCAGAAACCUACAAUGGUUGGCUACCACUCCGCUUGCAAAGUUUCCUUGGGUUAUCCCCAGAUGCAUUCCCUCUGUAAAAUAUUUAAAGAUCAAAUAUAUAAAUAUAGUAGUAUGACAUGUAAAAUAAAAAAUGAAAUAUAAUUUUUUACUAAG